CUGCCGCCCAACCCAAACCCCAUCCCCAUCCUCAUCCCCCAUCUUCCUUCUCCGUCCUCGACUCGGUCGCAUCAACCAUAACCCUCUUUCAAAUCUCCCUCGGCUCGCAAAGGCAAUCCUCCCCCAACUUCGCUACAUCCUUCUCCCACUUCCUCCCCCUUCGAUUCCUGGCCGCCGGCGCUCCGUCACAUUGCCUCUCCGGCUCCAGCUCAGAUCGCUGUAGCCCCCCCUCCCCCCGACACCCCAUUCCACCCUGGAACGCGGUGCACUCAACCCCUCGACCGUCGACAGAUCACGGGCACGCCAAUGCUCGAAUUGUCCAUCGCUUCGCCGCCGACAUAAUUACACGCUUUCCUGCUGUUCUUCCUCCUUCCCACCCCCCCCAAAAAACCCCUGCGCUGGUUUAGCCGCGGUCUUCUCGAACCAACAACGUGCCUCACGUCGGCGAAACAGCUGCGCAAUCGGAACCUCGCAGCGUCCUUCGUGCCCUGCCAGGUACCUGACGAAACUUGACCCGACGAACCGCAGACCCGAGAGAGGUAGGGUAGCCCUUCCUUACCAAACAAGCGCAAUCUCUCCGAGCUCAGGCACUUUGUUCCUGCUGGUUCGUUGCCGUAGCCGGAGAAUUUCAGCGUGCCCGUCGAUUGGCACCUCCGUCUCGAGCGACCCAGGCGCGCAUUGCACACCUCAAUUAUGAUAGCAUCCAUCCUAUAGCCCAUCCUGCACCUCCUCCUUCACUUCUCCGCCACUGCUCGUGCGCCGAGUACACCCCCUCCACAGCGCCGUCUCUCGUCUUCGCGAGCUCGUGAGAUGUGAUCUUGGGACAGAGCGCGAAUCGCAUCGACGGCAUUGUGUGGAGUGGCCGACGAGUUCAUUUCAUUUUGUUCUCUCCUCGGCUGUCGCUUGGCCGUUGUCUCUGAAGCAAGAGCGCUCUCUGGGCAUACGACCGUCAUACACGCUCACGUUCCUUUUUUACACACCGUAGAAUCCAACAAAGUACACCCCGACAUUGAAGACGGCGCUGCUGCGCUGGCAAGGACAAUCUCCCCCACACAUGGCUGCAACUACAGAAUCAGUGCAACGGAGCCCGUUCACAGAUCCUUUCGCAUCCACCGGUCCUCGCAAAUCCAUUCCUAUCCUCCCCUCCUCGUCCUCCACCAAUUCCCCUUUGCCGGCCGCGAGCGACCCCAUGGACAUCACACCUUCGAGCACGACGAGCACGACGAGCACUACAACAAUGGGACCACCGCAGAUGAGCAGCCCGACCACGGACCGGCCUCCCAACGCGAGCGCGACAAACGGCGAGUAUGAGCCGACGUCGAACGGGACGAGCGCACCCGCUGUGGGCGCGGCGGCAGCCACGCAGCAGCCAAAGGUGGUUCAGACGGCAUUCAUCCACAAGUUGUACAAUAUGUUGGAAGAUCCGAGCAUUCAGCAUUUGAUAUCGUGGUCCAGCACGAACGACAGCUUCGUAAUGUCUCCUUCGACCGAGUUUUCAAGAGUUUUAUCAUCAUACUUCAAGCACACCAACAUUUCUUCCUUCGUCCGCCAGUUGAACAUGUACGGCUUUCACAAAGUGAGCGACGUAUUUCACACCGGACAGCCCGAUUCGCCCUUGUGGGAAUUCAAGCACGGCAACGGUAACUUCAAGCGUGGGGAUCUGGUCGGCCUACGAGAGAUAAAACGCCGCGCUUCACGACAUGCAUUGAUCCAUCGCGACUCAUUCUCGGCUGCUCCCAAGCCUCCGGUACCUCCUCCGCAAGGAACGAUCCUCGAGGCCUCAGGCGCGCCCGAUCCCAUCGAGGCACGACUGGCGAUGCUCGAGCAUCAUUAUUUCGACCUGCACGCACGGUUGGCACGGGCAGAAGACACCGCGGCUUUUCUCAACACAAAGUGCACCUUUUUGGCCGAAGGCCUGCUGCGGUGUCAUCAGUGGAAUCAAGAUCUCGCUACGUACUUGAUGGCGAUUGUGCCUAACCCGGACGACCAGAUUCACAAGGAUGUGGCAAUGAUGCAGCGAGAGAUCGCCAGACAGACGGACAUGCUCCGAUCCUUUGACGAGCCACAGGAGCCUCUUAGCGCAGGCCGUGCUUCUUAUUUGGCCACCGCACAAGACAACGGCGCGCCCCUGUCUCCCCGUCAGGUGCCUGUCAACGACCAGCGGCGGCCUUCCCAACCCUCGCUUCUCCCGGAAGCUCGGACGCCCUUCCGGACGCCGCACGCGCCACACCUUUCAAUUUCACCAAGGAGAUACGGGUCCAUUGGGAGCGGCAGCAACACGUACUCGCCAUCCUCGGCCCGAGCGCCGUCGCAUCUCGCGCCUCCACCCCCGCCGCCUCCGCCGCCGCCGAUGCAACACCCUCUGGCCACCGUGACGUCUCCGCCUACCAACCUCCCUCGCCGCCACACCUCGGCCGACAUCCGACUCCACGGCUGGCAGCCAGGCCAGUCUGCCCUAGACCAAACGCCAUCCGCUUCGGGACAAAAUAGCUCGCAGUGGCCCAGCUCGCCGCACCGGACUCCCCUCGGCGGCGACCAGGAGCUCCGCAACGCCUUGGCUCAGUACGAGCUGCCUCGGGGCCCGUCCUCGACACAGACUUCGCGACAGCCGUCUCCGCCGCAGCCACCUCACGUUGCCGAGUCCGGAGGUGCCCAAACCGACGCCGGAUGGCAGCUACCGGGCGCACGCUUCUCAUUCAAGGGUGUCGCAGACAGCGGUCCGCCAACUAGGAGAUCGAGCCUCGCGAGCAACGUGCACUCGUUGCUGAACCCCAUCGCUGCCGGCGACGAGGAGGAAGUCGACCCAGUCAGCAGCAAGCGGAAGAGGGUUCAAUAGAUCCCCUUGCCUCUUUACCAAUCCUAAUGUCUGUUCAUGUUUAAAGCUAGUGUGUAUUUGUACGUACGUAUUGGGCGGUUCUUUCUGGGCAGGUUGGCGUCCUUUGGAUACGUCCGGAUUUUUCUUUUCCCCCUCGCCUUCCAUCUUUCCCCCCUUUCUCCCUCUAGGCACCAUUUCGGCCUUUAUUUUUGUCCCAGGCCAUGUUGGCAUCUGGGUCAUCUUUAAUUUUUGGGAGUGGGGGUAUAGUGGUGGGACUGGACACAUGCGAACCUGACGUCUGGUUUUUUUUUUAAAAAAAAAAUCCCACGUUAUUCUAUUAUUUUCGCGCUCUCUUAUGCGAGAUGUCGCUCACGAAACACCCGCCUUGAUGACUGGGGAUCGCAUGUGUUACUGAGGGGUUUUUUUUAAUGAGAAACAGGACACAAAAACGUUUAUAUAUAUACAUAUGUAUACACGGAGGGCUACCAUCACGUGAAAAGGACUGCCGAUGGUUUUGUUUUUUUUUUUAUUUACAUCUGUGCCGGCAUCUUUUGGGGGUAUUUUUUUGAGGGGGG